AUGGGCACUACAACCCGACACAGUAAGUUCUUUACGGAUUUUAAUUAUUCAUUUGUCAACAGGUUAACAGUUUUUGCAAAAAUUGUAUAAAAUUUUUGCCAAAUCAAAUGAUUUUCGGAUGUUUUAUGCCCCAGUAGAUGCCGAAUACUGUUUUUUGAUAUACAUAAAUACAGUAAAAAGGGGCACUUCAAAAUCUAAACUGUUGACGAGUUAAAGUUAAAAUUUGGUAUGCUGGGAAUCUUGUCAUCAUUAACUAUUUUUAGCCACAACCGCAUUCACAACAUCAUCAAUCUCGACGACAUUCGCUACAACACGCACUGGUUCAACGUCAUCAACAAGAAGAAGUUCAACGAUUUCGGGCACAUCUACUUCCCGAAGCACCGGAACAACUUCAUGUAAUACAGGAACAAGUCGAGGCACCACAAGAGCGACCACUUCGGUAAGAAAAACUUAACAUCAGCGUUCGUUAUUGGCCACGGUUUCCAUGGCUUUUACUGUUCAUAGGGGCACGCGCAUAGGCGGCGCAAACGAUGUAUAUAUUAGUGUGUAAAAACUCUCAUAUAUCUCAUACAAACAUAAAAUUUCAGGGAGGUCAAUGCAUUCUUUUCGACAUCGAUAAGAGCAGGGAGACGUUCUUCCCGACCGCUACGAAGACAGUCUACAGCCCUGGAGAGUCGGUUCAAGUCUUCUGUUUGUAUGGGCGGGUCCAUUCCAACGGAAAAACUAUCAUGCAGUUUAAUUGCACCUCCUCCGGCUGGGAUUCGACUGCCAGUGUGCUGACUUGCGCUGGUAAAUAUUGCUUUAAAAAUCUCAAAACUUUUUCUCGCUCGACGCAAAAUUAAUAUCAUUUCAGACACCGCCAGCGGAGCUGGAACCGCUGUAACGAAUCAAAAUUCCCAUGGCGCUACAGUGAGUAUUGGGACUGCGCCUCCCGGCUGUACCGGCGAUUGUAUCUUAUUUGAUAUCGACCCAAAUAUUGAGACCUAUUAUCCGAAACCGACCAAGUACUUGUUCUCGCCCGGAGAACAAGUGAUGGUAGCUUGUUUGUAUGGAAAUGUGCAUCGGAAUGGAAAAACAUUGGCCAAUUAUACCUGCGAAAGUGGAGGAAGUUGGGACCGAACUCCUGCGACUUAUGGAUGCUCGGGUAAAAUACGGACGAUAAUUCUUGUACAAUGAGUAAAAGAACGGCUAAACUAAUAAGAGAAAACCCACAAAUUUACUUUAAAUUUUUCAUAUUCUACCUAGGUCGUAUCAAUUUCGAAAUUUUUUAGCUCAUACAAAAUCUGAGCGCGUAUAUUUUGAGGAAUUCACUCUGCAAAAUUCUUGCCCAAGAAAUAUCUCAUCAUUUAAAAAAAUCUGGUUCUUUCCGAUUACAGAGGCCCCAAAGUCACUGAAAAAGUAAAAAAUUAAAAUUCAUAAUCAAAUUUCUUUCAGGUUCAAAUCUCGUAUCGGCAUCCACCUCCGCUUCGGCCACUUGCCCAGCACUCAGUGUAAACCUGACAAACUCACUAUACCCCGCCUCAAACGACACAGCGUUAUCCUCUCGUUCGGCAGCAGGCGCCAUUGUUGUGCAUGUUUGCAACUCUGGCUUCGUAUUUAGUGGGACUUCAUCGCCCAUUCAGAUAUAUUUAUGCCAAGAUGACGGCUCGUGGACGUCGACCCAAACGACGGAUAAUUGCGUCGCCGACUAA